GCUGGCUCCGUAGCUCCAGAGCCGGCAGCUUGUUGAUUUCAGAGCUGGUGAAUUUCACAUUGUUUCCACUUCACUUUCCUUGUUCCGGGGGAGGCUGGGGUUGGCUCCACGGCCGCAGUUGCUACUGCCUGCGAGGGCCAGAGGAGGCCACCGACCUGCAGCUUCGGGGCCGACGUGGAGCCGCUGCAAAGGGUGCCGGGGCCACACACGCACGGUCGCUGCAGUCCGGCUCCUCCCGAAGCCGGGACGCGAGGAGCGCACCGAGCCGGGACCGCCCGCCCAGGCGCCCGCCCACGGCCCCCGCAGCAGCCAGCGAGCUGACGACGGGAGGAGGCCCCGGGGGGCGGGGUGGGGGACGGGGGUGGGUGCUGCCGCCGCGGCGGAGCUGCUACUCGGCGCGUUUUGCAUGAAGAUGGCGGCUCCCACCGCCAGCAAGGCAGCCUCCUUGGGCUGUAACAACAAGCCUACGUUCCCGGAGCUGGAUUUCAGGUCGGGAGCUCGGGUGGAGGAAUUGAACAAACUCAUCCAAGAAUUCACGAAGCACGACCAGAGGGAAUAUGACGACCAGAGAGCGCUGGAGAUUCACACAGCCAAGGAUUUCAUCUUUUCCAUGUUGGGAAUGGUGCAAAAGCUGGACCAAAAACUUCCAGUGGCCAAUGAGUACCUGUUGCUCUCAGGAGGAGUCAGGGAAGGCGUGGUGGACCUAGACUUAGAUGAACUUAACGUUUAUGCCCGGGGUACUGACUAUGACAUGGACUUUACUCUUCUGGUGCCAGCCCUGAAGCUGCAUGACCGAAAUCAGCCUGUGACCCUUGAUAUGCGUCACUCAGCCUUGUGCCACUCCUGGCUGAGCCUUAGGCUCUUUGAUGAGGGGACGAUCAGUAAGUGGAAAGACUGCUGCACCAUCGUGGAUCACAUCAACGGUGCCACCAACUACUUCUUCUCCCCAACCAAAGUGGCUGACUGGUUCUAUGACUCCAUCAGCAUUGUCCUCUCAGAGAUACAAAAGAAACCCCAGCGAGGGAUGCCAAAGGUGGAAAAAGUAGAGAAGAAUGGGACCAUCAUCUCCAUCAUUCUGGGUGUGGGGAGCAGUCGCAUGCUGUACGAUAUUGUCCCUGUGGUCUCUUUCAAAGGUUGGCCUGCAGUGGCCCAGAGUUGGCUCAUGGAGAACCACUUUUGGGAUGGGAAGAUCACUGAGGAAGAAGUCAUCAGUGGGUUUUACCUGGUGCCUGCUUGCUCCUACAAAGGGAAGAAGGACAAUGAAUGGCGGUUGUCCUUUGCCAGAAGUGAGGUACAGUUGAAGAAGUGCAUCUCCAGCAGCCUCAUGCAGGCCUACCAGGCCUGCAAAGCCAUCAUCAUUAAACUGCUGUCCCGGCCCAAGGCGAUUAGCCCCUAUCACCUGCGGAGCAUGAUGCUCUGGGCCUGUGACAGGCUUCCUGCCAAUUACCUGGCCCAAGAAGACUAUGCAGCCCAUUUUUUGCUGGGCCUCAUCGAUGACCUCCAACACUGCCUGGUCAAUAAGAUGUGCCCCAACUACUUUAUCCCUCAGUGCAACAUGCUGGAGCACCUGUCAGAGGAGACCGUUAUGUUGCAUGCCCGGAAGCUGUCCUCGGUCCGCUCCGACCCCACCGAGCACUUGCGCACUGCCAUUGAGCACGUCAAGGCAGCCAAUCGGCUGACGCUGGAGCUCCAGAGGAGAGGGAGCACCACCAGCAUCCCCUCCCCACAGUCAGAUGGAGGGGACCCCAACCAGCCUGAUGACCGUCUGGCAAAAAAACUGCAACAGCUAGUGACUGAGAACCCAGGGAAAUCCAUCUCUGUCUUUAUUAACCCCGAUGAUGUCACAAGGCCCCAUUUCAGAAUCGAUGAUAAAUUUUUCUGAACGUUUUGCUUCCUGACAUCCUCCUCACCCCUCCUCACACGCUCCAGUUCUAAAACUCUCAUAAUAUGUAGUGUGGUUUGUGAUGCUGUCUUUCUGUUUUUUACAUAUCCAGCCUAGAUUGGAUCUGUUAAGAACACAUUUUUUAAGUUUCCUGGUUCUGCAGGAUGGUGCAGGCUCUGAAACAGUAUAUUACUAUUUCAUAUUCUGCCUCUGGCUUUGUUUACUUUUCAUAGUUAUUGUCACAUAGUUUGUUGUCAUUUUUUAUUUUAAAAGGAGAUCUUGAGCCAUAGAUACAAAAGCCCAUGAAUUCUCUUGCUUUUUUCUGUGCCAUAGUCAGUCCAGAUUUGUUAGUAGGGAUGGAAAGCAAAUCUCUUUCCGACACUGUAGGAUUCUUAUCUUCUGUUUUGUUUGUAUCUCUUUUAAUCAACUUUCAUCACUACAGAUAUUGGAGAAUCAUCUGAGCCUGGGAGCUACCUGGUGUAUUAGCUGGAUUUAAUUCUUCUAACCAGUGGCCAGAGUAGUUUUCUCCUCAUCACCAAUGUAGUUUUUGAAAGUGACAGUGCUACAAAUUGUGUUUUGGAGCAACUUCAAUGAAUGUAAUGGUUCUCAAGUCAGAACUUUGGAUGGUUUUGGGAGGGUGUGUUAAAAAACUUUCCAAACAGAAUUAUGGUUUCCAAAUGGUAGUUUUAGUGUGUGUAAUUAUUUGAAGCCUUAUUUAAAUUCUAUUAAAGACAUACCAUUAUAUUGUUAUUUGCACUAAUGAAAUUUCUGCCAUUGUCAAAAUUCCAAUGUGUGUUUCAGUAUAAAUUGACAUCUGCCACUGAUACAAUGUCAUUUUGUUUUCAUUUAGCCAGUCUUUCUCAAUCAAUAGACAGAUUUUUUUUUUGCAUUUGUUUAGUUUUCAUUUAAUUGUGGGGUCCUAUUUUGCCUCGUUGAUAUUCCUGGUUCCUACAUUACUGAGCAGAUCAUUUUUUUAAAGCUUUAAACCUGCUAAGUGAUUUUAUCUGAAGUUGGGGGAAAUAUCUACAUGAUAAAGUAUAUAUCUUUGUAUAUAUUUCUUUGGGGAUUCUAGGGGUAAGAUUUUUGUUUAUUUUGUUUUAUUUUUUAUUUUAUUAUUAUUAUUAUUAUUUUUUUUAGUAAGGCUUCUUUGCUUCUACUCAGAAUUUUAUGGAAAACUGGCAGGAAUAAUUUAUAAUCCCCAGAUAGAAGCUAUCAUACCUGUUCAGAAGUAGGCUUUGCUCUAGAAAAGGAACCUAGAAUUAUCUCUGGAUGGCAGCCAUGCUGUCAAAGUGUCCUGUCUUUAUGAAUGAAGUAACUUGCCAGGUUUAGGUGCCACAGGAAUUUGGCUCCUCCAUCUUUUGGUAUAAACCGAAGGCAAACUGUGUUGCUUGAGAGGGCAGGAGCCCUACAGAUCUCUCAGCAGAUGAUCAUAUUAAAUACUGUUGGAAAAUUCAAGCAACAUGUUGGUUUUGAUAAAUGUCCAGACUCACAGGUUGAAUUUUGGGCUGAUUAGAAUCAGGCAUUUGCAGUCUUGGGUUUUUGCAUGGGAAUUAAUGUAAUGCUUAUUAAUGAAAAUGAAAUCAUCCAAACAUCUUUAAGUCAAACACACAAAAAGUGAUAAUAAUAAAAGAAACAUACUGGCAUUAAAAUUGUGCUGUUGUUGUUAGUUUUCUGAUUCGCUACUAUCAAUAAUUGCCAUUAAAUUUUGCCCUGAA